CGCGGUUGCCCCCGGCUGCGCUCCCCUCGCCUCCUGCUCGCCCCCCGGGACCAGCAUGGGCAGCGUCAGUAGCCUCAUCUCCGGCCACAGCUUCCACAGCAAGCACUGCCGAGCCUCCCAGUACAAGCUCCGCAAGUCCUCCCACCUCAAGAAGCUCAACAGGUACUCGGACGGGCUGCUCCGCUUCGGCUUCUCCCAGGACUCCGGCCACAAAUCCAGCUCCAAAAGCAGCAAGAAUGAGGAUUUUUUCUACAUCAAGGUCAGCCAGAAAGCUCCCGGCUCCCACCGAGCAGACUUCAGCUCUCUCGCUGGGGGGGAGCUGGGCAGCCAAGCCGGGACGAGCGGGAUGGACUUCAAGACGCCCACCCCGCAGAAGCUGAUUCCCUUCCCCAGCCAGCUGGAAGUGGGUGCUGAGAAGCCAGCCGCACGCCCCACAGCCUUCAAGCCGGUUCUGCCCCGCUCCGGUGCCAUCCUCCACUCCUCCCCGGAGAGCGGGGGGCACCUCUCCCAGCAACUGCACCACCAGGACAAAGCCAAGGAGCAGGAGCUGAAGCCGGUGCUGUACUCGGGGGGUCUGUCUGACUCCGGCAGGAAUUCCAUGUCCAGCCUCCCCACCCACAGCACCAGCAGCAGCUACCAGCUCGAACCCCUCGUCACCCCCAUGGGACCCAUCAGCCGUUUCGGGGGCUCAGCCCACAACAUCCUGCAGUGUGCCAUCCUCCAGGACAGCAACAUGAUGAGCCUCAAGGCCAUGUCCUUCUCCGACGGGGGCAACAAGAUCCUCAACCCUGGCAAAGCCCCCCACCACCACCACCGUGCUGCCGAGAAGGCCUCCUGCAUCCGCUCACCCAUCUCCACGGAUGAAUCCACCAUCCAGGAGCUGGAGCAGAAGCUGCUGGAGAGGGAGGGGGAGCUGCAAGAACUCCAGUCGAGCUUUGAGGAGAAGGAAGUCAGCUCCUGCCAGGCCUAUGAAGAGAAGCAGAGACGCUGCAAGGAAGAGCUGGAGGGCCUCAAGCAGAAGUGCAGCAGCAAGCUCAAGCAAACCUCGCAGAAAUCCCAGAGGACGCAGCAGGUCCUGCACCUCCAGGUGUUCCAGCUGCAGCAGGAGAAGAAGCAGCUCCGGGAGGAGCUGGAGAACCUCAUGAAAGAGCAAAACCUGCUGGAAACCAAGCUGAGGUCUUAUGAGAAGGAGAAAACCAGCUUUGCCCCGGCGCUGGAGGAGACUCAAUGGGAGGUGUGCCAGAAGUCGGGGGAGAUCUCCCUCCUGAAGCAGCAGCUGAAGGAAUCCCAGACAGAACUCAACACCAAGACAUCCGAAAUCCUCAGCCUGAAGGCUCAGCUGAAGGAGGUGAGGCUAAAGAUGGAAGGGCUGGAGAUGAAGACCCAGGACCUGGAGGGCUCCCUGAGGACCAAAGCCAUGGAGCUGGAGGUGUGUGAGAACGAGCUCCAGCGCAAGAAGAACGAAUCUGAGCUGCUGAGAGAGAAGGUGAACCUGCUGGAGCAGGAGAUCCUGGAGCUGAGGACGGAGCUGGAAGUCCUCAAGGAGCAGCUGAGUGAAGCCCGGGAAGGGGUCAGACCCUGUGCUGUGCUGGAUGAUGCUCAGGUCCUGCAGGGAGAGGUGGAGAGGCUGAGGGCAGAGCUGAAGGCUGAGAGGGACAACAACGAGCAGAUGAGUUCCAGCUUCCAGCACGAGAGGCAGACGUGGAAGGAGGAGAAGGAGAAGGUGAUCCAGUACCAGAAGCAGCUGCAGCAGAGCUACCUGCACAUGUACAAGAGGAACCAGAACCUAGAGAAGAUGCUCCAGCAGCUGGCUGCAGGGGAAGAUGGCAAGGAGCCCAUCGAGCUGGACAUACCUGGCUCUGAUGUCCCCUACGAGGACAUCAUUGCCACUGAGAUCUGAGCCUUCUCCUCCCUGCAGCUCUCCCCCAGAGGUGAACAAGCGACUCGUGCCAAUGGUGACGUGCCAGCAGCUCCCCCCGUGUCCCCACUGCCCCCUUGGCAAUGUCCCCUCUGCCCCCUCGGAGGACUGAGAAGUGGGGGUGGUCAGGGACAGGACCCCAGCCACCGACCUCACCUCGGAGAUGAUGCAAAAUUCCCAGGGGAUGUUGUGCUCCAGGCUCAGAGGGAUCCCGUGACAGCACAGCUCUGGGGACAAGGACAUCACAGCCCUUCCCCCCACCAAGGAGAGGAAUUGGCCACGACACAUUUCCAGCCCUGCUCCGAGCUGCUCUCACACCUCCUUCACCUCCCUGCCCCAUCCUCAGGGCACUGGGGGACCCAGGAGCCACCCCCUGCCCAGCCCAUCCUUCAGCUGCCUCAGGAAGGACCCCCGGGUACAGCCAACACCCCCCAAACCCCCUUCCCUGAGGGGCACAGCAACCCUCAUCCCCUCCCUCAAUCACAGCCCCACCACCACAUCCCUUCCCUGCACAUCCCUUCU